GAAAACGAAACUAAAGAAAUGGACGGAGAAACAAAGGACAGCUGAGAGCAAGAGGCUCAAUAACGACGCGUCUCUGGUUUUAAGUAUUUGUGCAGCCGGGUAAGCUAGCCGUGUUUGAAGAUGAGGCUGAGUGGAGUGCUUGUGUGCGUGUUCCUGGUUUGGGUUGAGGGGUGUUGGGGUGACACACCGGCAAACUGCACCUAUGAAGACCUGCUGGGAACAUGGGUGUUCCAGGUGUCCAAAGGAGGACAUGACAAGACAGUGAACUGCUCCGCUGAAGCUACAGGUGAGAAAACUGUGACUGUGACUCUGCAAAAACUGUCUGUGGCCACAGACGAGCUGGGGCACACCGGCUUCUUCACCAUCAUCUACAAUCAAGGCUUUGAAGUGGUCAUUAAUGGGUACAAAUGGUUCGCCUUCUUCAAGUACAGUCAAGAAGGUUCUAAGGUGACCAGCUACUGUGACCAGACCCUACCAGGGUGGGUCCACGAUGUCCUGGGACGUAACUGGGCCUGUUUUGUAGGAAAAAGGGUAAAUCUGGCAUCACCCCGAACAGAUUACAAACCAGUCUUCAGCAGCAGGCUGCCACAGAAGCUCUACAAACACAACAUGGACUUUAUUGAUGUGAUCAACUCUGUUCAGAAAUCUUGGAAGGCCGCACCCUAUCCAGAGCAUGAGAUGUACACUUUACAGGAGCUGCACUACAGAGCAGGCGGGCCUGCCUCCCGUAUCCCUGUGCGUGCUCGCCCUGCACCUGUGAAAGCUGAUGUAGCCAAGAUGGCAUCAGCUCUACCAGAGCACUGGGAUUGGAGAAAUGUUGACGGUGUUAAUUUUGUUAGUCCUGUGAGAAACCAAGCAUCGUGUGGCAGCUGCUACUCCUUUGCCACAAUGGGAAUGCUGGAAGCUCGUAUUCGAAUCCUCACUAACAACAGCGACACUCCCACCCUCAGCCCUCAACAAGUGGUCUCUUGCUCUGAAUACUCUCAAGGUUGUGAUGGUGGGUUUCCAUACCUGAUUGGGAAGUACGCACAGGAUUUUGGCAUUGUGGAAGAGUCAUGCUUUCCAUAUGUUGCCAAGAACACUCCUUGUGGUGUUCCUCAAAACUGCGGCCGCAUUUACACAGCAGAAUACGGCUAUGUUGGCGGAUUUUACGGUGGCUGCAGUGAGCCGGCCAUGAUGUUGGAGCUGGUCAAGAAUGGACCUAUGGGAGUCGCUUUCGAGGUCUAUCCUGACUUCAUGAACUAUAAGGAGGGCAUCUACCACCAUACUGGCCUUGCAGACCCAUUCAAUCCCUUUGAGCUGACCAACCAUGCCGUGUUGCUGGUAGGGUAUGGCCGCUGCCAAAAGACUGGGCAGAAGUACUGGAUUGUUAAGAACAGCUGGGGCACCGGAUGGGGAGAGGAUGGCUACUUCCGAAUUCGCCGCGGAAAUGAUGAGUGUGCAAUUGAGAGCAUUGCAGUCGCAGCCAACCCUAUUCCUAAGCUGUAGAAGCUGGAAAUGUGGGAUUGGAUCUUGAUUAUGAGUCUCAGAUUUGCAAAUUGGAUGUAUUCCUUAUGUAGCAUGGCUGUUCUUGACAUAUGCUUAGGAGGUUGACAAUUUAAAGCAAAAUGUGUAACUUUUCACAAAGGAAUUUAGUGAAAUAGGUGGCACUUGGUCUACAUAAUUUAACAAGCAGAGCAAGAAUUAAGAUGAAACUUUAUGGAUUAGAGCUUUAAUGGCAAUCUUCCAAAUAUCUAUGAAAUGUGUUUAAAAGGGAAAUCAGUCUGAAAUCAGAUUUUUUUUUUUAUAAACUGUCACCUGUCAAAUCAGGAAAAUUUUAUGCUUGUGUGAAGUUCUACAAAUAAUUCACAUGCCAUUUGUUUACAGCUCCUAAAAUGUAUUUUAAUUGAAGGGAAACAGUAAUGCUGCUGUCUAGAUGCCAGUCCCCUAUAGUUCCUUUUUUUUUUUUUUUUUUUUUUUUUUAAGCAGUCACUGAUUUAAAGCUGUAACUGCCAGUAGGUAUUUGGAAUCAGAUACCUACCACUGUGAAUGAGUAGUAGAUUUUACUUGUCACAUUUAAAGGGGUUCUGCAGGUGUUUUUGUUUUGUUUUGUUUUGUUUUUAAUUUUUUUAUUUUGACUCAGGAUUGCACUGAAAAGAGUUGGAAUCUCUUGUCCUUUGCCUCAUUGAAACCAAAACUGCCAUGUUCUGUGUGUGAUGAUGUCUAAGAGUUCCCCAAUGAGUUUUGAAUCAGUCAAUAAAGGGAUGCAACUGAUUCUUA